UUGGAAAACCCUAAACCCUCCGACGCCUCGUCCUCUCCUCUGGAACACACCUCCACACUCCUUCUUCCUCAAGGCCACAGCAUCUGCAGUAUUUCCUCCACGACGACUGGAUUUUGCACUUAAAAAGGCUCGUGCUCUGUCACGAUUUCUCUCGGCUAAGACUUCGAGAUCGAUCAUAAAAUCCUGUUGUUAGGGUUUAGUAAAUCCAGAACUCAGCGGUGGCUUCUGAGGUAGCCAUGGAGGAAGACGCGAAGAACAAUGAGAUAAUAAGGAAAGAAGCUUCUCAGUUAGCUGCAGUGUUGAAAGAGAUGAAAGAAGGAUUGGAUGCAGUGAGGGGGAAAGUGCAAGCUCUUACAGCAAAGGUGAAAGCAGAUCAUUUUCCAACCGCAGAUGGGAUGAGCUAUCUUGAGGCAAAACAUUUAUUGCUCAUAAACUAUUGCCAGUCGCUUGUCUAUUAUUUACUUCGAAAGGCAAAGGGUUUCUCGAUUGAAGGACACCCUGUCGUUCGGAGCCUUGUAGAGAUGAGAUUAUUUUUGGAAAAGAUUCGGCCCAUCGAUAAAAAACUUCAGUAUCAAAUCCAGAAGCUCACAAGGGUUACUGGAAAUGCCGUGGAGAAAGUAGGUCCUAGUGAAAAAGAUUCAGAAACUCAGAACACAGAGGAUUUGUUGAAAUAUCGCCCAAACCCAGACAUGCUGGUUAGCAAGACAGAUACGACUUUUGAGGAUGGUGUUGGGCCUGUUGGUGUGUAUCGUCCACCAAAGUUUGCACCUACUUCUAUGGAAGAGGAUAAGAUCUCGAAACAUGAAAAAAAUGCUUUGAGAAAGGAAAAAGAGACUGUAAGACAAGCUAGGCAGAGUACAUAUGUGAGAGAGCUGAUGGAUGAUUUAGAGGGGAGACCUGAAGAGGUGAGAGAAAUUGUUGGAACGGAAAGUAGAGAACUUAUCAGAUAUAAGGAAAAGAUGGAACAGCGUGCACGGCAAGAGGAGGAACUUUUUACUCGUGCUCCUCUUACGAGGAUGGAGAAAAAGAAAGAGAAACACUUACGGAAGUCGAGAAAUGGGUUGCUUGGUCUGACCGACAGUUUUUAUGAUGAAAUCAAAACUUUACCUUUAGAGGAAGAUUUUGGCGAGAAAAUGACAGGUUUCAAUAACAGUAGCAGUGGAGGGAGAAAAUUUAAGAAGCGUAAGAGGAGACAUUAAGGAGAACAAACUCAUAUGUGGGCAUGGAGCAAUUGGAUCAUGCAUGGCAGCCUUGGAGGCCUCUGGUAGGGGAAAUGAAUUAAAGACUAAAAUGGUCCUGUAAAAUAUACCAAUGACAUCCAGGGGAUCCUUCUUUAUUUUUGACUAUUUUUUAGUAGUGAAUUGCAUUGCUAUUCAAAUCCUGAUGCUGGUUUGGAUCUAAAUCCAUACCAGGACUUCAGAUGUGAGAUUGUUUUUGAGGAUGAAAUUUUGUUAUCCAUUUAUACCAAGUUUUGAAUGCCCAAGUGAGGUGCAUUCUAGCACCAUUGAGAGUGUGCUUGUUUGCCUCA